AUGUCAACAAUCCUGAGUUUAAGACAGUUUAUCAACGAGAGGUUACACACUGCUGCUGAAGACAUAUGUGGAUGUUUUGAAGCGACUGUCGCAAAGUACGAGGAUGAGAUCGGUCGUCAGCGCAGACUGCUGGAUGUAACUUUGAAACCUGUAGUAAAGCUGCAGAGAAUAGAGUUUCCACAGCGACAUGUCUGUAUCAAGGAAGAGUUUCCUGCUGACCUGCUGGAGAGGAACCCCAGUCCAGACCAAGAGGAGCCAGAACCUCCACAGAUUAAGGAGCAGCAGGAGGAGCACUGCAUCGAGCUCCCAGAGCAACAUUUUCUGAUUGAGGAUGAGUUUCCACCUGACCAGCAGCUCUGGAACCUUGAGAGGAACCCCAUUCUGGAACAAGAGGAGCCAGAACCUCCACAGAUUAAAGAGGAGGAGGAGCACUGCAUCGGUCUGGAAGUAGAGCAGCUUGUACUGAAGCAGGAGGAUCAAGAUAACCUUUUGUUGAAUCCUACUUUCAUGGAAACUGACCACAGUGAACCAGAACCAAGUGACCACCAGCUCCUCUCCCACAGCUCAGCUCAGAGCCAAGAUCUCAACGGACGCAAGCAUGGAAACUCAAAAUCAGUGAGUAAUGCAGAGCAGGCAUCAGAAAAGGGACAUCAUGUGAUCAUGAGAGCAAAAGAAAGCACAAGUCCCAGUAACCUUGCAUGUAGCACUACCAUGUCAAAGAUUGUGCCAAAUAUCUGCAAGAGUAAAAAGGUUUUCCAGUGUGACACUUGUGGAAAAGUCUUUAACUGGAAGUCACAAUUAAAUAGACAUCUGAAGGUGCACACAGGAGAGGAAAAGCAUUCAUGUGAAAUAUGUGGAAAGAGUUUCACAACUAGCACAAAUUUGAAGAUGCACGAGAGAACGCACACGGGCGAGAAACCUUUUUCUUGCAAAACUUGUGGGAGAAGUUUUAGCCAGAGAAAUCACCUGCAGGUCCACGAGAGAACACACACGGGCGAGAGACCUUUUCCUUGCAAAUCUUGUGGGAGAAGUUUUACAACUAGAAUAAAUCUGCAGGUCCACGAGAGAACACACACGGGCGAGAAACCUUUUUCUUGCAAAACUUGUGGGAGAAGUUUUAGCCGGAGAAAUCACCUGCAGGACCACGAGAGAACGCACACGGGCGAGAGACCUUUUCCUUGCAAAACUUGUGGGAGAAGUUUUAGCGAGAGAACUACCCUGAAGAGACACGAGAGAACACACACGGGCGAGAGACCUUUUUCUUGCAAAACUUGUGGGAGAAGUUUUAGCCUGAGAAAUACCCUGAAGGACCACGAGAGAACACACACGGGCGAGAGACCUUUCUCUUGCAAAACUUGUGGGAGAAGUUUUAGCCUGAGAAAUCACCUGCAGAGACACGAGAGAACACACACGGGCCAGAAACCCUUUUAACUGUCUGCUAAACCUGCCAGUUUAUGCAUACUGUUUUAUUCUGUUAUUUGGGUUGGGCUUAUUUUGUUCUUUAUGUUCAACUAUGUAUUGUGUUAUUUCAGUUAGUAAUUUGUUGUCUUUUUACACGUAGCGACUCUCCUCACAUGAAUACCUGUAGCUUUAAGGAGCGGACCAUUUUAAUAAACGCACCCCACCCCUC